AUGCCAUACUUCAAAACUAGCGCGGAAUGGUACGAGCAGUCGUCACUACUGCUCAAAGCCCGGCCGACCACGACACGCAUAACCUCGAAAUACACCGUCCUCAAGCCGUCCGCAUCCAAGAUUGAAAAGCGAAGAAGUUACGCGGCGAAACAACCGGCGAAAUCGGAAGAGAGUGCGCGGGCAUCGUCACCACAGCCACAGGCGCAGAAGCCCGAAGACCCCACGAGCACGUUCACGCUCAAGACAUAUGAUCCGGAGUCGGGCACGUGUUUGCAGUAUGAAACCAAUAAGGCCGCCGAGGUUGGAAGGUUAAUAGGGAACCUUGGAAGGCUGGGGAGAGAGAUGGCGGCACUGCCAGAAAUACCGGAAGAUUUGAGCGCACAGGCGGGAAGCGGGGAGGGUGUGUCAACGCCAAAGGUUGAUGAGAGUGGAGAUGUGAAGAUGGGUGGAGUACCAGCGGAUCCGAAGGCAGGUGCGGGCGCAGGAGGCAAAAAGAAGAAGAAGGGAAAGAAAUGA